GGCCAGAAAUUCAGAGAUUUCAUAGUUAAGAGUAUUAGUGUGUCUAAAAAUACUUCACUCUGAUGAAAGGGGCUUCAUACUUAGAUCGAAAAUAUGUGAAGUUCUGAUGAAAGAUUUUGUCUUCAGCCAAAUAUAUGUAGCAACAGCGCCUUUGUACUUGCACUCUAUGGUUCUUUAAUUGCCUUUACAUUUUUCCCCACACAAACCAAAUGGUUAUGGAUUUAGGAUUACAAAUUGCGGACUUGUCUUAAGGGAUAAACCACAGAGGGAUAAAGCUGUUUACCCCAUGGGUGUGUUCUCUGUUGGGUGAGAAGGAAAACAGAGAGGCCACAGGAGAAAUAACUUUUACCGCUGGGAGAAAAGGAAGCACUUUUGCAAACCAGCACGAUGGACACACAGUUUGUUUACGAUCUGUUAGGAGACAACGCUUGGCUGUACAUCUCUGCCACAGCAGUGGUUGUGUGGGCCAUCGUGUGGCUGUACAGGGACAGUCUGGAGAUCGAAGAACUCACUGACAAGUAUGUCUUUGUGACCGGCUGCGACUCCGGGUUCGGAAACCUGCUCUGUAAGAAGCUUGACCGCAAAGGCUUCCGUGUGAUAGCGGGUUGUUACUCUGAGAAAGGAGCUGAUGAUCUGAAACGAUCGGCUGGACCCUAUUUAAAGACGGUCCUGCUGGAUGUGACGAGUCUGGACAGCAUCCAGAAAGCUAUGGAGUGGACCAGGACAGAGGUCGGCGAUAAAGGACUCUGGGGUCUUGUGAACAAUGCCGGUCGCUCAUUGCCGAUGGGACCGUCCGAGUGGAUGAGAGUGGAGGACUUCCACAGCACCCUUAAGGUCAACAUGACUGGAACAAUCGCCAUGACCAUGGCCUUCCUGCCUCUUGUCAAGAAGGCUCGUGGACGAAUCGUAAACGUGGCGUCUGUAUUGGGUCGGGUGGCCGCCAACGGAGGUGGAUAUUGUAUCUCCAAAUUCGCAGUGGAGUCUUUCUCGGAUUGUCUCAGGAGAGAUAUCCACUACUUUGGAAUCAAUGUUUGCAUCAUCGAGCCAGGCUUUUUCAAGACUGCCGUCACAAGCCUUGAUCCUCUCGAGAGGGAGCUCAGCCGCUUGUGGAACCAGCUGAGUCCUGAAGUCCAAGCCAGCUACGGGGACAAGUACUUGGACAAGUACAUCAAGAUCCAGCGCUUGAUCAUGAACGCCGUCUGUGAUACUGACCUUGCCAAGGUGACCAACUGCAUGGAGCAUGCUCUCACCGCCGUCUACCCCAGGACCAGAUAUAGCGCUGGCUGGGAUGCCAAGCUCCUCUGGAUCCCUCUCUCAUAUAUGCCUUCCUGCGUGGUUGAUAUCGGACUGAAGCUGGUGCUGCCACGCCCUUCAAAGAGUGUUUAAAGUCCUCACCAUCUUUUGUCAUUCCAGUUUAUUACAAUGCACAGCAGACACUCCACAUCUCGUGCAUAGUUGCCUUAUGCAAGGAUGCAGUUAUUUAUAUGAGCAUAAUCUGCCAUGUAAACACAAAAAAACAACCAACUUUCCCAUGUCCUUGUAUGUCUUUUUCUGAGUUAAUAAUGUCAUGAAAAUAAUAAAAGAGCAGAAAUGUCAGGUGUUAAGGACAGGAACCCAUUACAGUAAGAAAAAGUAGAUGCAUUUUUGUGUUAUAUGCUGUUCUUUUUGGUAACUAGAUGAGAACAUUAAGAACGUGACUUAUAACUA